CACUUCUAUCUAUGCAUGAGAAAUGUCGCAACGCUCUAUAUAAACACAGACACAUACACAGCACUCACCAGAGGCGCCUCACACAGCAAGCCACCAGCAGUCGAGUGUCUUGCCGCCACGCCACCUCUCGCUUCUCAACAUUCCCACAAGAUGUGGCGCACUGUCCUGCUGGUUGCGGUGGUGGUGAUGGUGGUGGUGAUGGCGGCAACAGUCACCGACCCCCCACAAUCACUUCAAGAUACCGAUGGUGCGACUGCAGAUGGAGGUGGUGGUGGUGGCGUUCUCGUUCUCGAAGAUGGUUUUGGUUUUAGUGGCGGUGCCUCAUUGCUAGGAAGUUGAUGAUACGGCAAAUAACACGACAACGACUCCACCAGUGACGACUACUCUGUGCCACCACCACCACCACCACCACCACCACCACCACCACGAACGACACCUACCCUUUUCCCUCCCUUCCCUCCUUCCCUUCUUUCCCUUAACCACUCUCCUAAAGAUUAGAAGUAUUGGCUUUAGCUUUGUAACUCUGAUUUAGCUAGGGAAUUCUCUCUCUCUCUCUCUCUCUCUCUCUCUCUCUCUCUCUCUCUCUCUCUCUCUCUCUCUCUCUCUCUCUCUCUGUAUAUCUGACAUUUCGGAAUUAAACUUGCAAGAGGA